GUUUUCGCGCGUUCUGUUGCCAUGGAGCUGAGUUUGUUUCCUUCCUGCUGCUCAAACAGUGAAAAGUCGUGCUUUAAAAAUGAAGUUAAGACACCGAGAAGGAAAGGAUAGGCGUUACAAUCCUCGUUGUUCAGCCGUUCAGACGUUGUGAACGAGGAAGUGAGAAGUUUUAUUGUUUUUCCAGGACGCUAACUGAGGAAACGGCGUGUAACCCCCUCAACCUGAGAGUACAGGUGGGUGAGAUUAGUUUGAGAUACUGAGGUAUCCUGAGUUAAAUUUGGCGAGUUUUUCAGAUUUAAUUUGUCCUUUUGAAGGUGUAAUGGGUCAAAAAUGGUCAAAAGUUUGAGAACAGUCAUAGUAAAAACUUAAAAAGUGACUUAAUGAGUCAAAACAGACGAAAAAGAGGGUAAAUGUUUGUUUAAUUUGUGUUACACAUGUAGAGCUAAGUUGUCAGAGUCUGUCUCUCUUAGAUAUAGUUUUUCUCUUAUUAUAUCCUUGCUCAUAAUUUUGGCUCCUCACGCAUUUAUGUGUCAAAUCAAAAAACAUUAGGGUUUGCAUCAUGAGUAAUUCAACAAUGUUUUAAUGAAUUGUUUUAAAAGUUUGCAUUAGGUUUGCAAAGUUGGUUUCAUAUAAUUUCAAAUAGUAUUUAAACCUUUUUUUUUUCAAAAUAAAUGAUGGAUUUCCCUUGAAAAUGUCUAGUGGUGUAACCACAACAAAAGGGGAAAUAUUUAAUACUUAUUUCCACCUAUAGUGUAUGCAAGUGUACUUAUAAAAAGUUACUUCAUCAUAAUAUAUCAUAAUUUUUUUUUGUAAAAAAAAUUGGCUCUGGAUGUUGACUGGUAAAAUUUUCCUAUGAGCUUAAUACAUAAAAUGCAACAUACUGAAAUCUACUAACUCACUGAAUUUCAACAACUGCAAUUUAACCAAUAAUGGGUUUGAAGGACCUCUGUAAUGACUUCUUCUAAUAAUUCGUAUUGCUCUUUUUUCGAGAUAACAUUUGACAAAUCAUGUAGAAACUGUUCAGAUUUAUGUAAGUGCAUUUCAAUAGAGGAGUACAUUCCAUUCCCCAUACAUUUUCUCAAAUAUUAUAUUUUUUUAUGGUUACACCACAUUGACAUUUUCUCUGAAUAUUCUCUCAAAAUGGAUAAAUCUUGAAAUUUUAGACAAGGUCUUCAAAAAGAGAAUGUAUCCAAGAAUUUAGUGAGUUUAUUUUUGAAUUUUAGCCUUUUUAAAUUUAAGUAAACCAUGGGAACAAAAAGAAAAAAACCGUCACGUCAUUGGCUCACUACAAUCACUCAACUUUCUUUUUCCCAUCAGGUUUUAUCUGACCACAUAAUGAGUGGCGAAGAAGCAGAGGGCCACUUGCAGGUCCGUCAGAUCUACCGCCUGCUGCAGUGGGUCCAUGAGGGGGAUAAGGUGCAAAUCGAGAAGAUGGUGAACCUCGGGGUGGAAAACCUCAUCAACCUCACUGAGCCGAAAGACGGAGUAGGAGUGCUUCACGUGGCAGUUCAGGCAAACGAUCAGGGUGAUGGAGCGUUUCUGUUCUCGAUUAUAUAGUAGAUGCUUCACUGCUUACUGUAGCAACGUGAUCCUCCUGAAAUCAAGAUUUGCCGGAGGCAGCUGGCAAUCAUUACAGCCAUCCAAAUUGAAGCAUGUUAAUAGUAAACCUGAUAUUCAAAUGUACUGGUAACUGGAGGAUGUUGUUUCAUUUACUCUACCUGACCUCUUACAGACCUGGUCAGCUUCCUCCUCUCCCAGGGAGCGCACCCUGAUACCCAGGACAAGAAGGGCCGCACUGCUGCCAUGUUGGCAGCUGAGUUGGGCAAUGACAACAUAAUGAGACUGCUGGUCCAGAAACAGGCCAACCUGAGGCUCCAAGACGCCGAGGGCAAAGGUGAGCAGCAGCAUGAUCCGUACAGUUUGUGCACACUCUGGAUUCUGGGAAAACAGAACGCUUGGGGGAAACUGGACUUAAUUAGAUCACGCAGGUUAGCGUGAGUGAGACCUUGAAAUUGCAAGAGAGACCUGAACAAAAAAAAUAGGUAUUAUGCAUCUUGGGGGGAAAAUGCAUUGGCCCAAACAUUAAAAUUUGAGCAACAGUUGCAUAUGAUUUUUAGAAAAAGAGGUGCAGAUACAGAAAGAAGCGGAGGUAGUAAAUGUGAGAGGAAAACUGAUAAAUCUGCAGGUCGAGUUGAAGGUAGAAAAUGCUAAAAGUGAUGGGAAUGUUAAUGAUAUGCAUUAAAGGGAUAUUCCGGCAUUAAAUUAAUUUAGGUCAAACACACCAUAACACUGAGUUAGACAACCCCUCGAGAGAUGAAUGUUGCUGGCUGCUUGCUUUUCUAGUUAUACCAACUUUAGUAAUGACCACACGAUAGCAAUACACAGCGGUCUGAGGAGCCAUAAACAAACGUCAACCAAAACGCCACUCUAUAGCCACAUAUAAUGCUCAGAACAGCACCUAACUUCAUCAACAGGACAUAUAGGGUCCCAGCCAUAGGACUAGCCACCAAACAUCUUUUUAACUUUGGCGAGUCCAUCGACUACAGCGGGGUGACGCAGCUCAAGGAAGAACAUUUAUGAUAAUUUCUUCAUGGAAAUACAAUCAGACCGAGAUGCUAAGGCAGAAGAACUACGGUGUCUGCAGUGCAAAAUUAUCAAUAUGAUGAUUAUUUCUUCAAGGAAAUGAUAAAGAAACGAUCAUAAAUGUUCUUCCUUGAGCUGCGUCACCCCUUUGUAGUACAUAAUGGACUGGCCUGAGGUCUCGCUACAAACAGGCAGCUGCUGGAAGAGAGUAGGUGAGUUGUGUUUAGUCUCUUUGCUAAAGAAAUCAGGCAAAGUUAAAAAGAUGUUUAUGAAGAUGUACAGUUCAUGAAGUUAAGUGCUAUUCUGAGCAUUAUUUAUGGCUAUAGAGUGGUGUUUUGGUUGAGGUUUGUUUAUGGCUCCUCAGACCGUUGUGUAUUGCUAUCCUGCGGUUGUUACUGAAGUUGGUAUAACUAGAGAAGCAAGCGGUCGGCAACAUUCAUCUCUUGGCUGGGUGUCUAACUUAGUGUUACGGUGUGUUUGACCCUAAAUUAAUUUUACGCCGGAAUAUCCCUUUAAUUCUAAACAUAAAGAGCAUCAUAUUUUCUUCUCAAAUAUUAGGAUGGAAAAGCUCCAAAAUGAGCUUAUAAAAGCACCUAUAGUGUAAAUAUGUAAGCAGCGUAAUGGAACAGCUUCUCUCAUCGGAGCUCGAAGUGUUGAUUUCUCCUGAAGACGUGUUUUCCAUCUCAUGUUAGACCCGCAGGUUUCGAUCUGAAUGCCCGGCCUUGUCUUACAGCUCAUGAAAAUGCAUGCCGCGUCCCGUUUACAUAUUGAUGAGGUGACAGUAUCCUGGACGACUCCGACCACCAAACCAAACUUUGUUCUUCAGAACCAAUUUAAACCAAUUGUGAUAAUGACCCUAAUUACAGCGAACCCCGGGGGGAAUCAAUUACAGCAAAUGGCGCUCGGUUCAAAAGGGAGUGAACGAGACAAAGGAGGAGGGAAGACAGAGGUCAGAUUGGUCAGGAAAGUAUUUGCAUGUGUGCUUUAACGCACAAAUACAUGCUUUUGUAUAAUGUAUGCGCAGCGUGUUGUCUAUUGGUGUGCAUGCAUGUUAGGCAGCGUCAGUACAUCUAAUUACAGAUCAACCACUAAUGGCAGUCCUCUCCUGUGCUGAGUAACCUGAUAUGAUCCUGCUCUCCCCCGAGGACCGGUUCAGCUACGUCUCAGCACUCACGGCCAAGUCUUUUACAUUGUCGUCUCAGCGUCAGUCGUCAUCUGUUUGUCAGUUUUCAGGCACGGAAAAGAGAUGUCAUUUCCUCAUCCUCGUUACUUCAGAGUCCUCCAAAACCAGAGAUGUUCUUCUGUUUACUGUACUGAUAUGAUCGUGGUUAUAUCAGGCCUAAGGAGGAGGAUGAUUGCAGUCAUUUAAAGCUGCCUGCUGAUACUGAAACUUGAUCCUGAUCCUCAAAACUGCAGCUGCACAGCACACACUUAAAGUAAUGAAAUCAGUCUGCAGAUAUUCUUCAAUUAUUGGCAUUUGCUUUGAAGACAUCUGUUGAAGUUGUGCGGACCUGGUGAGCGUGUUGUUUCUGCGUUUUUUUACAUGCAAAAAUCUAAAUCUGAAUUUUGAUCAUCUCUACUUGCUUUGUGCACAUGCUCUGCAAAGAGACCUGCUGGUAUCAUGUCCUCCAUCUAAUGCAUUAAUUAAAGUGUGGCGUCUCAUGUGGAAUAUGAAUCUCCGUAUUUGGCGGUUUCCUUCAGCCGCUUGGUGCAGAUUUUACUCUCCACUUUCCAUGUAGUAGAUUAUUUUGAUUUGAUGCAUCAUUGAUGACAAGCCAGAUCAGAUGAACCCUUUUAAAACAGGAGGUGUAGUCAAUGUAGUGACUGCUUUCCUUCAACAAAAAGGCCGCUGGGGUUUAGGUGCGACUCGUUGAAUUAUCAGUCCGGUUUGAUUGUUAAAAAGUCAUGUAUUGUUCGAAAAGGGAAAGAAAACACGCUGAUCCAGGUCCAAAAUUUUUGCCUUCAGAUGAAAGGGUGAUAUGAUGAAAUGAGGUUAAAACAGGAUGAGUGAAACCCAUUAUCUGACUACACCGGUGAGAUUUAAAUAACCCGCCAAACAUACCAAAACCACACCCCUCAGUGACGUACCCAUAGAAAUCAUACUUUCAACAAAGAUAUUCUCCUACAUUAAAUCUGACGGAGCACAAACACAAAAAGACAAGGACCCCCAUCACUACUAAUACCUAAAAACUGGGCGUCUAAGUCAGACCUGAAGAGACGCCUGAACACGACACGUUUUUAUCUGAAUAACUCCUGCUUAUAUCCUCCCCAUCAGGUGUGCUCUUCUACUGCAUCUACCCAACCAAGCGCCACGCUCGCUGCCUGCAGGUGGCGUUAAAGUGCCAGGCAGACGCCAACAACGUCUCACUGCAGGGGAGUCAUGUCUUCCAGCUGAUGUGUGAAAGAGCCGCGGAGUGCACCCUCCUGUGUCUCAUAAUGCUGAGCGAAGGGGCGGACCCUAAUGCAACAAAUCAGGCAGGGUCAUGAAACGUGGAGAAACCUUUGAGUAAAACACUAAAAAUACAGCUGAUGCAGUUUGUUGAAAUUUUUCUCUGUCUGCUCUGACUUUUCAGACGACUGGUGUCACCGCGUUGAUGGAGGCGGUUAAAGCCGGCUCGCUCAAACUUGUUAGAGCCAUCCUGAGGAAAGGUGGAAAUCCCAACGCCCUGGACCUGAAACGCAUGACAGCGGCGCACUAUGCCGCCCAAGGGGGCUUUUUUGAGGUGAUGAAUCUGCUUAUACACCGUGCAUUUUUUUACCCUUCGAUACAGAGUUAUAGUCAGAGCAAAGGGCGUUCACUCUGUGCAGAAUUUCAGGUACUGACUAAAAGAUCAAUUUUUAGCUCAAUUUUUUAACAUGUUACUUAGGGAUGUCCCGAUGCAAUAUUGAUAUCGGCUGUCCCAAUAAAAAAUUGAUAUCCGCUAUCGGAUGUCCUAAUACGAGGUUGAUAUCGGAUGUCCCGAUACGAUGUUGAUAUGUCCCAAUACACUGUUGAUAUUGGAUGUCCCAAUAUGAUAUUGAUAUCCGAAACCGGAUGUCCUGAUACAAUAUUGAUAUUGGAUAUCAGAUCUCCCGCUACCAUAUUGAUAUCGGAUGUCCCGAUACGAUAUUGAUAUUGGAUAUCACAUGUCCCAAUAUAAUAUGAUAUCGAUAUCGGAUGUCCUGAUACAAUACUGAUAUUGGAUGUCCCGAUAUGAUAUUGAUAUUGGAUAUCACAUGUCUUGAUACGAUAUGAUAUUGAUAUCGGAUGUUCCGAUACAAUAUUAAUAUUGGAUAUUGGAAUGCUCUGAUACAAUAUUGAUAUCAGCCAAAAAACAAAUAUUGGAUUAUAUUGGCCUGCAUUUAAAAUCUCCGAUAUCAGCACUCUAAUACAAACAGUCCAUUCAAGACUCCACUCCGGCACCUCUAGCGAGCAGGGCCCAGAUUCAGCAUGCAGAGCUCACGUGAUCAUACCAACAGUGUGUACUAAGGUAUGAACAAAGUACCAAGGAGUCAGAGUGAUGUCGGCAGUGUGGCAGUAUUUUUCGUUAAGGUCCGAAAAAGACAUUGCAAAACUUGUCAUGCACAAGUUGUGCCAAUAUCAGAUCAAUAUUGGUAUUGGCUGAUAAUGAAGGCUACAAUAUUGGUAUCGUAUUUGAAGUAAAAAAAAGUUAUAUCAGGACACCCCUGGUAUAAGUCACAGUAAAUGCUCCUUCCAGAUCUGGAGUGAUCCCUUUUGAUAUUCUUAUUUGAUGUUUGUAAAUUAAGAAUAAGCAUAACGAUGCGUUCCUCUUUGUGUCUCUCAGGCAAUUCAGGCGCUGUCAGCAUACUCAGCAGACAUGGGCGUGCUCAACCUCGAAGCCUGCACACCCCUACAUUACGCCGCCGCUGUGGGCAACGCCAACUGCUGCAAAUUUCUCGCACAAAGAGGUUGUAACCCCAAACUGAAAAACCAGGAGGGUUUGCUGCCACGUCAGAUCGCCAAAGACGCCGGUCACAAAGCGGCCACUAAGGAGCUGAGAAAAGCCGAGAGGAAACCGGGAAAAGGCCAAAAGUCCAGCGGCGACGUCCCCCUUUCAGAUCUGUGGGCUCUAAACCUUCACGACUGGUCUCACGAGUACGAGACAGAACUACGGCAAACCUGCAGAGACGAAUUGACGAUAGUCCCCACACACAUGUUCGUUUCUGUGUUAGAGGAUCUAAAAGCUCCAGUUGAUCCGGAGCAGCUUGAUAUCGUCAUUUCAGCUCACGACAAGGGAAAAGCGGGACUCAUCAGCAUUAAUGAUUUUAUCAAAGGUGUCAAGUACGUCAAGAAACCGUUCCUCCACUCCUCGUACGUGCCGAAAAAGAAAGGUGAAAAAGGAGGGAAAGGUGUCAAGAAAAGAGGUAAAUUCGAACUCCCCAUGCCUAUCUGCACACGUCCUGAAGAGCUCAUGCCUCGACGACCGGAUGGAGGCCCACCCAACUUUAUGAUCGAGUCUUACCGCGACCGCUCAGACCCCUGUCGAUUCGACAGAGACCACCCACCAGAACAUCCCAUAAUCAACGAUUCAGGGUGGUACAUGAAAAAGCCAGAAAAGGAAUACGUCAACAUCAACUACAGUGUGAAAAAAGGAGACCUGGAGACCCUUAACCUCGCUUUCAGUCAGGGAGUUCCUGUGGAUGUUCAAGACCAGUAUUACAAAACUCCACUGAUGGCGGCCUGUCUCAGCGGGAACUACGAGGUGGCUCAGUAUCUCCUCGGUCGCGGGUGAGAAAGAUCCUCGAAUCUUUUUAAAACCAUUUCAGCAAAAUACGAAUAAUGUACGACGAUGUUCUGUCCGACAGGGCGGAUGUCAACAUGAGGGACCAGUUCUUCUGGACGCCCCUCCACCACGCGGCUCACGCUGGACAAGUGGAGAUCAUUGAGCUUCUCAUGAAGGCAGGGGCCGCCGUAGAUGCCAAGACCCUCAGUGGAGGCACGCCCCUCAUGAGGGCCAUCCAAAGCUCUCAUCCCUCCUGCGUGGACUUCCUCAUCAAGGCGGGCGCCAAUGUGAAAGCGGAGAACAAGAAAGGUCAGUGAGACAUAAAUAUAUCAGGUGAAGAUUUGUGACAUUUAUUGAGACGGAGCCGUCCCUAACCUUGCCUGUUUUUCUUCGUCCUCAGAACAAAACUGCCUCGAUAUCGCUCAAGCUUUCAGAGACUCCCGAGUCAUCGAUCUGGUCAGAGAUAAAAUGAGUUCUCUCCCAAAACCAAAGGAGACGGCAAAGGGGAAGGGGGGCAAAGCUCAAAAGCCAAAAGCAAAGGUAUCCAAGUAACGACAAUAAAAUCUUCUGACCACCCUCUACAAACUCAGUAAAACUUUCCGACUGCAAAACCUUGUUUUUUUAUUUUAUUUGAGGUAAAAAUAUAGUUUUUUCUCCUCUCUCUCUGUUCGAUUAAAUCAUGUCAGGAUAAACUUUAUGAACAUUUGACUAAAAGUUUUAUCCCAACAUGUUCCUUUUUUCCAUUUCCUUCUGGCUCCUCUUUCAGUGUUUGAAACCUAACCGUGUAAAGAGAUCUGAUCAUGGCGGAGAAGCAACUUGUUGGCAAAUUAGACCAGAAGUGUUGUAUUACAGCCAGAACACACUGCUGCUUAAAUUUUCAUUUCCUGCAGGGACUAAAUCUGACUCAAGUAUGGAUUUUAUGGUUAGGACUGAGACGAUAUCAUAUUCACAUCUCAGCAAAAGCAGCAGGUAGAAAUAAUGAGAACAGAGUAAAUUACACAAAGUUUCAGUGGAAAAAUGAAUGACGGUCGGAUAAACUCGCUCAGGAUCAGAAAACUGAUGGUCCAAUCAGGUUAUUUAGGACUGUGAAUAAUGCAGAAGUCCUCCAGUUUAAGUUUAGAAUUGUCUGCAUGAUUUAUGACUUGUUCAUUCAGUGAUGACGGGAUGAAUAAGAUGUUUUACAAACCUGAAAUCAGAAUCUGAAAAGACAAUAACAUCAAGUGUUAAGCUAAUUUGAGCAAGAGGACACAAGACUGUGCAAGCCAACGCACAUGAUCUUGACGCAGAUUGGUUACUGAACUUUUAAGUGUCGUAAUUUUCCUGAAAAAUGUGCGUUUUACAAAUAAUCAAUAAAAUGUAGUUAUUAUUCUAUAAGUUGUGUAAGAUGUCCAGCAGUAAAAGUAGACAGUUUCAGUGUUUGCAUGACAGAAAUUGAUUUUGCGUGAUAACAAACUGUCCGGAGUUUUCAUUUUUCAGCCGGAUGAUUUAGUGGUUAUCCAAUCCAGUCCAAUCUGCUUUAUUUAUACAGCACAUUUUAAAAAAACACUUAAGUUUACCAAAGUGCUGCACAAUAAAAUGAAAAGAACAGACACUGCAGAAAACAUCAAGAUGAAAUAAAUAAAAGCAGGUAAAAAAAACAUUCAAAAUGAAAUAAAAACACAAAAGCAUAAAAGUGCUAAAAGGACCAUAAAAGGACAUAUAAGGACAGAGAUCAAAAUGAGUUUUAAGACGUGAUUUAAAAGUAGAAAGAGUGGGGAUGUUUUAAUCUCGAGUGGCAAUUCGUUCAGGUUUUUGAACAAGUUUUUGGGACCACGAGUUGGAACUGAUCAGCUGACCUCAAGGAAUGUGUGAGGAUGUGAACAUUUAAGAGGUCAGAGAUGUUCUGUGGUGCUGAUCCAUUUAAAGAUUUUUAAAAAAGCAAUAAAAUUUUAAAAUUAAUUUUAAAAUAAACGGGAAGCCAAUGGAGGGACGCCAGAAUAGGAGUGAUGUGAUCAUGUUUUCAAUACCUGUUAAAAGACGAGCAGCAGCGUUUUGGCGUACGAGGGAAGCCCGAUUAACACCGACGUAAAGAGCGUUACAGUAGUCCAAAAAGCAUGAAUGAAUCAUUAAAAGAUAAAACCGAUUUAAUCUUGGUUAAAAGCCUCAGAUGAUAAAAACUGGAUUUAACGACAGAGUUGAUUUGUUGAUCCAAUUUAAAAUCAUUGUCAACUUUCACAACUAAAACAGGAAGGUUACCAGCUACAACUAUUUGCUGGCAUCUGUACGGCUGUGAAUGUGGAAAAUUCAGAUAAAAAGACAUUUUAGUGUUUUUAUAUCAAACACCUUAAAUAGGACGAGGUGGUAUUAUCCUUCCAGGGAGAAAUGAGCUGACGGGGCCUGCUGUCGUGGAUAUGCUGAGUGUUGUCAGAGCUGCACUUUCUUCUUGCCUACGUGUUUGUGUUUGUGUUUGUGUUUGUGUUUGUGUAAGGGGGUGCAGUACGACUUAUUUUUACCGCAUCCUCUAAGUUGAUUCUUGCAUUUCUCCUAAUCUCAGUUCUGCUCCCCUGCACAGCUUGAUUAAAAUACAAUUAAGGGUUUUCCUAAAAUCUCUUCAGGGUGUUGCUGCAGGAGCAUCAUUGCACACAGAGACAUCAGUUACAACAGCAGGGAAGACCUCUCCUCAGAAGGAUUCAAAUAGCGUCAUCCUGCAAAACACCAGGAUCACCGCUGGGAAAACAAACACUGUGGAUAUCACCUUCGUGCCAAAAACAGUAGGACACUUCUACACGCUUCUGUCAAAUCCAUAUUAAACAGUCUCUUUUUCACCCUGUCGGACGGAGGCUUAUUGUGGAUUUGUUUUCAGAUGUGGGGUAAACCGCCAACCACCAGCCAGCUCAUGUCAAAGAUGGAUCGGCGGAAGGAUCUCGUGUCCCUUGAGGUCGACUUUGAGGACCUCAUGAUGCCUUUCAGCCACAACAUCUAGAGGGAAACGUCGAAGCUGACCCCGAAAACCACAGACUAGACUCAAAGGAGGUUAGGCAGAGAGAGACUCAAUCAACACAGAUUAACAUCAACUUUUAUCAGUCGUCCAGCUGUGUAGUUUCAGGACUUACAAUGUCGAAAGAUGUGCAUGCAAAAACAACAACAACUAAAAAUAGAGCCAACUCUCAGGUACACAGCAAUCAGCACCUUCUAUCCACGAUGCACAGCAGGGACCGGUGUGUCUCUUGGCAACUGUAAGACAGAGGAAAAAUCUGUUUUGUACACUCGAACAUGAUCUGAAUAUUCAAUUUUUACACAUAAAUAAACAAGUAGUGGCUGCAGGUGUCCCACAACCCAGAACCAUUUCACUGUCUUAAAUUGAGAAGCACUGAUUUAGUUUUCACUUCUAUUAGAUAGUUAUCCUGCUCAAAGUCCAAAGAUAGUGCACAGCAGAAAGUGUGAGUAUGUACUGCAGUCGUAAAGUUGGUUAAAAUCCUCCCCUGACUCUGCAGUGUCUGGAUCUGCAGUGAGAGACGUGGAGAGUGUGAGUGAAGUGACAAAAGGAGCUGCCUGUUCUUCCUCUUCUUUCUUUUCCUUUUCCUUUUCUCUUUCUGCCUCUACUUUCAUCAUCUCCUCCUCUGCUUCUGCUCCUUAUUUGCUGAGUUUUCUCAUUAAUUAGACGGACAAGUUCAGGCGAGCUCAUCAUUUACAUAAACGAGCUUUCUUUCUCUCCUUCCUGUUUUGCAUCAUUUCCUUCACUUUUCACGACUUAGCAGCUCCCUCUGUUUUUCUUUCUUUUGUUCUUUUAGUCUGUUUUCUAUCUGUCUAUCCGUAGUUCUUUCUGUUUUUCUUUCUUGUUUUUUAUUUUUUCAUUCAGUCUUUCUUUCUCCUUUGUUUUUGUCUAUUUUUCUCUUUUUUUUUGCCAUUUUUCUUCCUCUGUUCUCUCCGGCCAUUAUUCUUUCUUUCAUUCUCUUUGUCUUUCUUUUAUUCUUUUUCUCUUUUUCCUUUUUUGUCAUUCAUUCUUUCCUUCUUUCUUUCUUAUUUCUUCCUUUUUUUCAUUUAUUCUCUUUUUUCUUUUCCCUUUCUUCUUCCUUUCUUUCCUUCUUUCUCUUUUUCCUUCAUUUAUUCUCUCUUUCUUUCUUUUUUUUACUUUUUUCUUUCUUUUUCUUUUAUUCAUUCUCUUUUUUUUCCUUCCUUCCUCCCCUCCUUUCUCUUCUGUCUUUCUUUCUUUCUUCCUUCCUUUCUUUCUUUCUUUUUUCUUUUCCCUUUCUUCUUCCUUUCUUUCCUUCUUUCUCUUUUUCCUUCAUUCAUUCUCUUUUUCUUUCUUUCUUGCUUUCCCUUUCUUCCUUCCUUGAUUCCUUUCUUUGUCUUUCCUUCUUCCUUCCUCCCCUCCUUUCUCUUCUGUCUUUCUUUCUUUCUUCCUUCCUUUCUUUCUUUCUUUUUUCUUUUCCCUUUCUUCUUCCUUUCUUUCCUUCUUUCUCUUUUUCCUUCAUUC